AUGGGGACAGCAGCCAGGGUGGCCUGUGCCCUCCUCAUCCUCUCCACGCUGUGCUGGCACAGCCUGGCUCAGAGAGCUCCAGCCAUGCCAGACAAGUGCUGCUUCAACUUCCAGACCAGAAGGAUCAAGAGGGACAACGUGGUGGCCUGUUACCCCACCAGCCCCGAGUGCCCACACCAGGCUGUGAUCUUCAGGGUGAGGAAUGGGAAGGAGAUCUGCACCCAGGCCAGCAGGCCCUGGGUCAAGAGGUACCAGCAGAGCUUCCAAGUCAGCUCCUUCUCCAUCCCCAGCUAGCCAGGGGCUAGCUCCAUCUCCACCCCUGGGGACAGCAGGGACACCAGAGGGGACACUUCUGGAUGGAGCAGCUCACCAGGGACACCCUCCCCACCGUGGUGACCCUCCCUGAAGGCAAAGGGAGCCCAGCAGGAUGGAGUGACCAGACCCUGUGGUCCAUGGAGAGGCUGCACA